AUGCCGCAUUUGUCCUGCUCUCAUCUCCAGCAGCUGGGCUUCAUACCUGGUUCCUUAACAUUUAUUAAUUGUGUUAAUGUGAAGUGGGGAACCCGUGUACAAGAUAUUUUCACAUAUGCAAAAGUUAUGGCUCUUAUCUUGGUGAUAUCUGUUGGCCUUUACAAAAUUGGUAAAGGAGAAACAGAAAACCUGAGAGCUCCGUUCGAGGGCUCAGCAACAGACCCAGGGAUGAUCGCGCUGGCUCUCUACUCUGCCCUCUUCUCCUACUCGGGGUGGGACACGCUCAACUAUGUCACCGAGGAAAUGCAGAAUCCUGAGAGGAAUCUACCUAUUUCUAUUGCAAUUUCAAUGCCUAUUGUGACUGUUAUUUACUUGUUGACUAAUAUAGCAUACUACGUAGUGUUAGACAUGUCAGCUCUCCUCACAAGUGAUGCAGUGGCUGUGACAUUUGGCGGUGAAACCCUUAGUUAUGCUAAGUGGAUAAUUCCUAUAGCAGUGGCCAUGUCUUGCUAUAGUGGCUUAAACUCAUCAAUAAUUGCAGCAUCUAGGCUUUUUUAUGUUGGAGCCCGGGAAGGACACCUCCCUGACAGUCUGAGCUUGAUUCAUAUAAAGUGCUUCACACCAGUCCCUGCUCUCAUCUUCAAUGGCUUAAUGACUUUGCUGUAUCUUCUUGUGGAAGAUGUUUUCCUCCUCAUUAAUUACUACUGCUUCAACUACUGGCUCUUUGUGGGUCUGUCUAUUGCAGGACUAAUAUAUUUGAGGUAUACUCAGCCGCGUAGACCACGGCCUAUUAAACUUAACCUCUUCUUCCCUAUAGUAUACUGUUUAUGUUCCCUUUUCCUGGUCAUAGUUCCUCUCUACAGCGACACUAUCAAUUCCCUUAUUGGUGUUGGUAUUGCCCUCUCGGAUUAUUUGGGAGUCUAUCUGCCAGUUGAAAAACGACCUAAAUAUCUACAGUGGCUCUCUGCUACAACAACAAAAUACGUUCAGAUGCUCUUCUACUGUGCUCUGUCGGACCUGGACAUAGACAUGGAACCUACAACAGCCAAGAGUAAAUAG